UCUAGCAUGAUGUCUUAUCUCAAACAGGCCCCGUACGGCAUGAACGGACUGGGGCUGAGCGGCGCCGCCAUGGACCUGCUGCACCCGUCUGUGGGAUACCCCGGGAAUCCCCGGAAGCAGCGCAGGGAGAGGACGACCUUCACCAGGACGCAGCUGGACAUUUUGGAGUCGCUGUUCGCCAAGACGCGCUACCCGGACAUCUUCAUGAGGGAGGAGGUGGCGCUGAAAAUCAACCUGCCGGAGUCCAGAGUGCAGGUCUGGUUCAAGAACCGGCGAGCCAAGUGCCGGCAGCAGCAGCAGAGCGGCAGCAGCACCAAGGUGAGACCAGCGAAGAAGAAGUCGUCCCCGACCAGGGAGAGCACGGGCUCGGAGAGCAGCGGCCAGUUCAGCCCCCCGGCGCCGUCCAGCUCCUCCUCUUCCUCUACCUCCUCCUCCUCCUCCUCUUCCUCCUCCUCUUCCUCCUCCGGCCUGGGCGCCCCGGGCCUGAUCAGCACCUCCUCCUCCGUCACCGCCCCUGUCUCAUCCAUCUGGAGCCCAGCUCCCAUCUCGCCGGCACCAGCGCCGGCCGUGCUGCCGGACGCCGCCGCGCCCACCAGCGCCUCCUGCAUGCAGAGGUCGGCAUCGUCAUCCGGCAGCGGGGCCACGCCCUCCUACCCCGUGUCCUACGGGCAGACGGCGGCGGCGUACGGGCAGGGCUACCCGGCCUCGGCGUCGGGCUCGUACUUCAGCGGCGUGGAGUGCGGCUCGUACCUGGCGCCGGUGCACUCGCACCACCACCACGCGCACCACCCGCACCAGCUCAGCCCCAUGACGGGUUCGUCCAUGUCGGGUCACCCGCACCACCACAUCGGGCAGGCGUCGGGUCACCACCACCACCACCACCCACCCCACCACCACCACCACCAGGCCUACAGCACGCCCGGCCUCGCCUUCAACUCCUCAGACUGUCUGGACUACAAGGAGCAGACGGCGGCGUCGGCAUGGAAACUCAACUUCAACGCCUCCGACUGUUUGGACUACAAAGACCAGGCGUCCUGGCGUUUCCAAGUGCUGUGACUCUCCUGAGGCUUUUCCUCGCUCUGUCCCUCAAAGAAGAAGUAUUCUUUUUAUUUU